AUGAGCCCGAUGUCUUUUGGUAGUGCGAACACGGGUCUCCAACUUGGAAAUAACCAUGGGACAAUCGGGACAAUCAACUUUUCAUCCGACCGACCGGAAACCCCAGUACAGAAGACAGACAACGAGCUGCUCAGGUCACUAGCAUUUCCACAGAUGCUAGAUCGGAGGGAUAAUAUCGAGCCAUGCCACACGAAUACCUGCCAAUGGAUAUUAGAGCUGGACGAGUAUCAGUCCUGGAGGAAUCAGCCCUGUGGUCUACUGUGGGUUAAAGGAAAGCCGGGCGCGGGAAAAUCGACCUUGAUGGCCUUCCUACAUGACAAAUUCAAAGAAUCACAGGACGGCAAUCUUGGCAUUAUUCGACUGGAUUUUUUCUUUACCGCCCGAGGCACGGAGAUGCAACGUACACCACUCGGAAUGCUUAGAUCGUUAUUGAACCAGAUUUUCGACCGUGACGCGACCAUACGCCCUCAGGUGCGCGAUAUCUAUGAACAACGAUGUAGACAGUUUGGGUAUGGAGAACGUAAGUGGGAGUGGCCGCAACCGAUACUUGAAGAGUUAUUGGCAACUGCUAUACUGGUAUCAACCACGAAACAGCAUAUGAUCAUUUUUGUGGAUGCUUUAGAUGAGGCUGGGGCUGAGUCCGCCGAAAAGCUUGCAGCAUAUUUCCACCGUCUGGUUGAUCGUGCUGACAAAAAGAAGCUAACCCUUCAAGUCUGCAUCUCGUGUCGACACUAUCCUAUCGUGGAAAGUGUCCAGACAGUAGCGAUACAUGUCGAAGACCACAAUCAAGACGACAUUGCUACAUAUAUCAAGGAUAUGCUUCUUGAGACAGAGUUCGGCGACGUUUCUAGUCAAGAGAUGAGAGAGGGGCUGGUGGAGGAACUGACCGAGCAUUCCAAGGGUGUGUUCCAAUGGGCCCGUCUUAUAAUGCCUCUUAUCAAGCAAAGGCUUAUCGAAGGAGACUCAAUCAGCGAUAUCCGUGAUUGGUUGGGCGAAGUCCCAGCCGGUCUGGAAAAUGUCUAUGUGUAUAUUCUGAGCAACGUGAUCACGGCUAGGAAUCGAGAGCAGUCAUUCCUAUUCUUUCAAUGGGUGUGCCUGGCCGAGCGACCCUUGACUAUAGUUGAAAUACGAUACGCAUUGGCAGCUAAGAAUGCUCAACUAACGCCGUCUCGAACCGGAUGGGAGAAGCUUGGCGGCUUUGUCGAAAGCAAUGAACAUAUGAAGCGAAAAGUCAAGGCUCUUUCUGGUGGAAUGGCAGAAGUAGUCUCAAGUGGGAAUGACAAGGAGACUGUACAGGUGGUUCACCAGUCGGUCAAUGAUUUCUUGCGGGCAAAAGGACUGGCCCUUUUAUACCAUGGCUUCAGCGCUAGCAUGGGAUCCGUGGAUAUGGGCAAUAUUCUCUCUCAGUCUCAGGGAACUCUCUACCGAUCGUGUCUGGUAUAUCUUGCCACGAUCUGUUCAAACAAACAAAUGAGUAACUUCCGGGGCUCAAAGAAGAAGCUUAUCUGUGAUCACCCAUUUGUGAACUAUGCGACCAUCAAUCUCUUUAUUCAUGCAGAAAAAGCCGCCGGCUCUCGAGGUGCCUUGCUGCAGAAUGAAAAGGACAUCCUACAACAAAUGAUCGGUCCUUGGGUUCGAAUAUACCAGUGUCUUGGUGUUCGUAGCGCAGCAUGUCCACCCACAGGGACAACUCUUUUACAUGUGGCAGCCUCUGCGAAUCUGGUUGACGUGAUAAUAUCCGUGUUGUCAGGUGGUGAGUAUAUUGAGAGAACAAACGGAGUUGGAAAUACGGCACUACACUUUGCAGCGCAAGCUGGACACACGACGACUGGCAAGAUAUUGCAAGAAAGAGGAGCGAACCGAGAAGCGAAGAACAACGAUGGAGCGACUCCUUUAAUGGAGGCGGCCAGGCGCGGACAUUUGGGAUUUGUCGAAUGGCUUCUAGAUGAGGGUGUGGAUAUUGAGACAGGAGGUGGGGGCGCGCUACAAAAGGGUUCAUUAGAAGGUCACAGUGCGAUUGUAGUGCUUUUACUCGGGGCUGGAGCGAAUGUCAAUGCCCAGGGUGGUCAAUACGGCAAUGCCCUCCAGGCCGCUGCAUUUAAUGGAAGUGCUGAAAUUGUGAAGAUCCUGCUCGACGCUCAUGCCGAUGUCAACGCCCAGGGUGGUCAAUACGGCAAUGCCCUCCAGGCUGCUGCAUAUGGUGGAAGUGCUGAGACAGUCAAGAUCCUGCUCGAUGCCAAGGCCGAUGUCAACGCCCAGGGUGGCCAAUACGGCAAUGCCCUCCAGGCCGCUGCUGCUGCAUAUGGUGGAAGUGCUGAGAAAGUCAAGAUCCUGCUCGACGCCCAUGCCGAUGUCAACGCCCAGGGUGGUCAAUACGGCAAUGCCCUCCAGGCUGCUGCAUUGCGUGGAAGUGCUGAAGUUGUCAAGAUCCUGCUCGACGCUCAUGCCGAUGUCAACGCCCAGGGUGGUCAAUACGGCAAUGCCCUCCAGGCUGCUGCAUAUGGUGGAAGUGCUGAAAUUGUCAAGAUCCUGCUCAACGCCCAUGCCGAUGUCAACGCCCAGGGUGGUCAAUACGGCAAUGCCCUCCAGGCCGCUGCAUUUAAUGGAAGUGCUGAAAUUGUCAAGAUCCUGCUCAACGCCCAUGCCGAUGUCAACGCCCAGGGUGGUCAAUACGGCAAUGCCCUCCAGGCUGCUGCAUAUGGUGGAAGUGCUGAAAUUGUCAAGAUCCUGCUCAACGCCCAUGCCGAUGUCAACGCCCAGGGUGGUGAAUACGGCAAUGCCCUCCAGGCUGCUGCAUAUAGAGGAAGUGCUGAAGUUGUCAAGAUCCUGCUCGAUGCCCAUGCCGAUGUCAACGCCCAGGGUGGUCAAUACGGCAAUGCCCUCCAGGCUGCUGCAUUGCGUGGAAGUGCUGAAGUUGUCAAGAUCCUGCUCGACGCCCAUGCCGAUGUCAACGCCCAGGGUGGUCAUUUCGGCAAUGCCCUCCAGGCUGCUGCAUAUGGUGGAAGUGCUGAAAUUGUCAAGAUCCUGCUCAACGCCCAUGCCGAUGUCAACGCCCAGGGUGGUCAAUACGGCAAUGCCCUCCAGGCUGCUGCAUAUGGUGGAAGUGCUGAAAUUGUCAAGAUCCUGCUCAACGCCCAUGCCGAUGUCAACGCCCAGGGUGGUCAAUACGGCAAUGCCCUCCAGGCCGCUGCUGCUGCAUAUGGUGGAAGUGCUGAGAAAGUCAAGAUCCUGCUCGACGCCCAUGCCGAUGUCAACGCCCAGGGUGGUCAAUACGGCAAUGCCCUCCAGGCUGCUGCAUAUAGAGGAAGUGCUGAAGUUGUCAAGAUCCUGCUCGAUGCCCAUGCCGAUGUCAACGCCCAGGGUGGUCAAUACGGCAAUGCCCUCCAGGCUGCUGCAUAUAGAGGAAGUGCUGAAGUUGUCAAGAUCCUGCUCGAUGCCCAUGCCGAUGUCAACGCCCAGGGUGGUCAAUACGGCAAUGCCCUCCAGGCUGCUGCAUUGCGUGGAAGUGCUGAAGUUGUCAAGAUCCUGCUCGAUGCCAAGGCCGAUGUCAACGCCCAGGGUGGUGAAUACGGCAAUGCCCUCCAGGCUGCUGCAUAUAGAGGAAGUGCUGAAGUUGUCAAGAUCCUGCUCGAUGCCCAUGCCGAUGUCAACGCCCAGGGUGGCCAAUACGGCAAUGCUCCCCAGGCCGCUGCAUUUAAUGGAAGUGCUGAAGUUGUCAAGAUCCUGCUCAACGCCCAUGCCGAUGUCAACGCCCAGGGUGGUCAAUACGGCAAUGCCCUCCAGGCUGCUGCAUAUGGUGGAAGUGCUGAAGUUGUCAGGAUCCUGCUCGAUGCCCGGGCCAAUGUCAACGCUCAGGGUGGCCAACAUGGAUCGCCUCUCUUGGCAGCUAUUUACUCGGGCCAUGCUGAUGUUAUUGACUUUCUUUUUCAAGCUGGCGCAGAUCAUCGCCUUGCUGAUCCGCUCGAUCAGACCCCUCUUCACAUUGCAGCUUCAAAGGAUAUGGCUCACCUUCUCUUUCGAUUUCCGCAAAUUGCUUCAUUCAUCAACAAGCGCAACAAACUUCUGCAGACCCCUCUCCAUCUGGCUAUUUACUUUGGCCACAUUCACUUCGCUAUAAAACUUCUUCAUCUUGGUGCCGACCCUUCUCUUCCAGACGGCUAUGGUAGACAUGCUAUGGACUGGGCCCUCGGGCAAGGAACUUUGAUGCGGGAGAUACGUGAACGUUUUCCUCAGCUCUCAUUGACACCUCACGAAGUUCAAGAAUCAACUGUACAACAAUCCCUCUUCAACCUCUCCGAUGAUCUUCCCAACCUCAGCCCGAACGAUGCAUGGUUAACUUUGCAACAAUUAGCUCGAGGCCUAUCACUGGACCUCGUUCUGUAUGCAGAAUCUGCGCGAAUCUGGAUAUCUGUUCUUCCUGUGUACUCAAGCACCCUUUUCAUCACAGAGUAA